UUCCGAUCGCCAAAGCCGGUUUUAUAAAGCCUAAAAAUGUUAGUUUUUCUUUUGGCAUCUCUCUCUCUUUGUUCUCUCCAACCUUAGUCAGACAUUUCACGACUCUCUCUCUCUCUCUCUCUCCAACCUCAGUCAGACAGUGUGGUUUGGCCUGUAUCGUCUGUUUCUCUCCACUGCUAUAUAUACCCAUUGGAGAUAGACAGUUAAGAAAAAAGAAACAAGAGAGAGACUUGAGAUCUGGAUGGACAAUAUGCAGAGACCCAUUAAAGUUUUGAUGUUGCCAUGGCUUGCUCAUGGCCACAUAUCACCAUUUUUAGAGCUAGCAAAGAGGCUUUCCGCGAGAAACUUCCACAUUCAUUUGUGUUCCACUCCAGUCAACCUCAGCUCCAUCAAACCCAAGAUUUCCAAGAAAUAUUCAUCCUCCAUUGAACUUGUCGAGCUUCACAUCCCUUCUUUGCCUGACCUCCCUCCCCAUUAUCACACAACCAAAGGCUUGCCUCCCCACCUCAUGAAAACCCUCAUGUUGGCCUUUGACAUGGCGAGCCCUGGCUUCAACAAUAUCGUCAAGAGUCUCAGCCCCGAUUUGCUCGUCUAUGACUUUCUCCAACCAUGGGCACCAGAAGUAGCAAAAUCUCAUGGCGUGCCGUCGGUCGUCUUCUUCAUGUCUGGUGCAGGGUCGUCUUCAUUUAUGCUCCAUGUGUUGAAGAACACCUGCAAUGAGUUCCCGUUUGGAGAAAUUUUUCUCCAUGAUUACGAGCUGGCGAAAAUCAUUAAGGCAGCAGAAGACUCUCGGGAUGCUGCGGAUUAUAGGGCUCCACAAUGUGUUGAGAGGUCCUCCAACUUCAUCUUGACGAAGACCUUUAGAGAGCUGGAAGGGAAGUACAUAGAUUAUCUCUCAAGUUACUCGGGGAAAAAAGUGGUGCCUGUUGGUCCACUUGUGGAAGACCCUAGCAAUAUAGAAGAUGGAGAUAGCAUCAUUGAGUGGCUUGACAAGAGAGAUAAACUAUCUACAGUUUUCGUGUCAUUUGGUACUGAAUAUUUUCUCACUGAGAAAGAUAGAGAAGAGAUUGCUCAUGGAUUGGAGCUCAGUAAUGUCAACUUCCUUUGGGUCAUUAGGUUUCCUGUAGGAGAGAGCAUUGAGCUUGAAGAGGCAUUGCCCGGGGGCUUCUUGGAAAGAGUAAGAGAUAGAGGAUCGGUGAUAGAUGGAUGGGCACCACAAGGAAAGAUUCUGGAGCAUCCAAGCAUCGGUGGGUUUGUGAGUCAUUGUGGAUGGGGCUCCGUCAUGGAGAGCAUGAAGUCUGGGGUCCCGAUCAUCGCGAUGCCAAUGCAACUCGAUCAGCCAAUGAAUGCUCGGUUGGUUGAGCAGGUUGGGGUUGGAUUGGAGGUGAAGAGAAAUAAGAGCGGAGAGCUUGAGAGGUCGGAGAUAGCGAAGGUGAUCAAAGAUGUGGUGGUGGAGAAAGAUGGAGAUAGCAUGAGGAAGAAGACAAAAGAAAUGAGCGACAGUAUUAGGAAGAAAGGAGAGGCAGAAUUAGAUGAAGUGGCUGAUGCAUUGGUCCAACUUUGUGUGAGGUGAAGAAUAACAUUCGUCAAAUGAAGCCACAUUAUAGGCAUGUGAAUGUGUAUGUGAAUGGGUAUGGGGUGCGUCUAUCGUAGUCCUUGCAAUGCUGUGCUGUAGUAUUUGCUAUAAUCUGGCGUUAAUUACUUUGAUUGAAAUAGUUGCAUUCUAUGAGAUCCUAUAAUAGUAAUGAGACUGAACCCAUGCUAUAUGUAUGCAUGUA